ACACGCGUCACGUGAAAUACGGGAUAUUCAACCGAGUACGAAUGACGUUUAUGUUGUAAAUAUUAUGCAGCCCGUGAAUUGUGUGCACUAUUAUCUUCUGGUUGUGGGUUCGGAACAAGAUGUGGUGACUGGAAGGCGGAGGAGCGACCCGGUGUCAAAGUGUUUCUGGUUCCGUCGAUGACAGGAGAACACCGCCCUCUUCUACAGCUAGCUAGCCAACCUCAGUCUCUUUCUGCUGGGUUCUAGGAGGACGGACGGUUAGAGAAAAGGUUCUUCAAGGUCUCCCUCGGACAGCCAUGGCGUCCUUUGAAGCACCGCAACCCAAGGCCACAGACUGCGUCACCAAGGUGGCGCUCAACAUCGCCUGUGAUGAUCUGCUGGACAUGGACGCCUUCUCCAAGUCCGACCCCAUGUGCGUGGUCCUGUUGAACUCCUCGGGUCCUCACUGGUACGAGAUUGGGCGAACGGAGAAAAUCCAGAACUGCCUGAAUCCCAAGUUUUCCAAGAGCAUCGUCCUCGACUACUACUUCGAGGUGGUGCAGAAACUGAGGUUUGAAUUGUACGACAUCGACAGCGAAAACUGCACUCCAGAAGAAGCGGACUUCCUGGGACAGUUCGAGUGCACCUUGGGACAGAUUGUGUCCUCGAAAAAACUAACGAAACCUCUUGUGAAGAGAAACAAGACACCAGCAGGGAAAGGAACGAUAACCAUUUGUGCAGAGGAGAGAAAUGACAACAGGGUGGUGGCGUUGGAAGUUGCUGCCAGGUCACUGGACAAAAAGGACUUUUUUGGCAAGUCCGACCCUUUCCUGGAGUUUUACAAGCAGACAGAAACUGGAUGGCAGCUUGCCCACAGGACAGAGGUGGUGAAAUGCAACCUAAACCCCAUAUGGAAGCCAUUCAGAAUCCCGAUUCAGUCCCUCUGCGACGGUGACGUGGAAAAAUCUAUAAAGAUCGACUGCUACGACUACAACAACAGUGGCUCGCAUGAUUUCAUCGGCUCCUUCCUCACGUCACUCUGUCAGAUACAGCAGGCGUGUCAGUCAUACGCUGCGGAGUUUGAAUGCAUCAACAGCAAGAAGAAGCAGAAGAAGAAAGGCUACAAAAACUCUGGAAUUAUCAUCAUAAAACAAUGCAAGAUAGUGAAGGAGUACACAUUUCUGGAUUACAUAAUGGGCGGCUGUCAGAUUAACUUCACAAUUGCUAUCGAUUUCACGGGCUCCAAUGGGGAUCCCAGUUUACCCUCAUCUUUACACUACAUCAACCCUCAAGGCUACAACGAGUAUCUGGCAGCGAUCUGGGCAGUCGGUAACGUCAUCCAGGAUUAUGACAGUGACAAGAUGUUCCCCGCCUUUGGUUUUGGCGCAAAGCUUCCUCCAACAUGGCAGGUCAGCCAUGAGUUCCCCAUCAACUUCAACCCCUCAAAUCCAUUCUGUGCAGGCAUAGAGGGAGUGAUCUUUGCCUAUCAGCAGUGUCUGCCUCAGGUGAAGCUCUAUGGUCCAACAAACUUCGCUCCAAUCAUCAAUCACGUGGCCCAUUUUGGCAGAGAGGCCUUACAGCAGCAAACCGCCUCUCAAUACUUCGUCCUGCUGAUCAUCACCGACGGAGUCAUCACCGACAUGGAUCAGACGCGCACGGCCAUCGUCAACGCCUCGCGGCUGCCCAUGUCCAUCAUCAUUGUCGGCGUGGGAGCGGCGGACUUCAACGCCAUGGAGUUCCUGGACGGAGACGACGGAGUCCUGCACUCGGCCACGGGCGAGGCCGCCAUGAGGGACAUCGUGCAGUUCGUGCCAUUCAGGCAGUUCCAAAACGGUCCUCAGGAAGCUCUUGCUCAGAGCGUCCUGGCAGAAGUGCCGGGCCAGGUGGCGGGCUUCUUCAAUACCAUGAAACUGAGCCCACCUCACAGCAACGAUCCUCCCUCUGACCACCUGGCAUCGGCGCCCCCUAGUGAUGCAUGCUGAGAACCAAACUUCCUCCGAAAGAAUGACGAGUCCCCUUCAACUCUGAAGCCUCUUUGUUAAGGCGCGUCAGUGUUUUGAACCUAGCCUAGCAUGGCUUAUGCCGAGGAAUGGACAUGUUGCGGUAUGUUAACACUUUGCAGCUGUUUUAUAUAACACUCACAUUUACCAGGCUUAUCCUCGUUAAACGAGACAUUUUAUGACAUUACAUAUAUUUGCUGACACAGUCUUACGGCACUCCGUCACUGUUCUUUAACCUGCAUCUUCAGCCCACCUCUAUUCUGCCUGUGUCAGAGUUGAGGUGCAUCUUUCUUCCGCUGUGUCUCCUUUGCCAUUGUUACACAGUCUGUUAAAUCAAAUUAGCCCUUCAGAAACCAUAAAAGAUGGUUUUGCUGUAUGAGGAAGCAAACAGCAUCUCAUCACAGAAAUACUUACAGAUUUUAUUUUCUCAUAAGAUGUGUUAAAUUAUUUUAGUUUAACUAAAAAAUAAAAAAAAGAAAACACCAAAUAAAUUGGGUAGAAAUACUUGUUUAAACUUUGGUUAAUAACUACAACAUUAGGUUUGUAACCCUCGUGUUUCUUGCGCUGUAAUUUUUAAAAGGGAGAACAUUGAGAACUAUUGCUUCUAUAAGUAAAGUGUUUAUUUAGCAGGUACUGACUUAGUAGCAGUCGUGGUUUUUGAUCUGAGUUGUAUGACUCACCACCCAGACUGGCAUGACCUACAUCUAAAAAAGGUUACCAGUUUUAGAUGAUUUGGUUGAUUGAUUGAUUGAUUCAACCAAAUCAAUCAAUAGAUGAAAUGUUUUGAAUAAAUUCAUGUUUUAUUUUUCCAAGAAUGAGGCAGCUAAUAUCGGCCAUCUCCUCAGUCUAUCAGUGCUGAAGUCCGAUGAUAUAAACUUAGUUUUCUCCUUGAUCCCCAUUUUACUGCAGUUACUUCCUUGUGGGUCUCUAUAUGUUAUGCGGUCCCACAAAAUGUAAAUAGGUCUUAGGUGUCAAAGCGAAAGCUUGUCAAAUGUUUACAAAAUGGAUCAGCUAUAUGUCACUAUUAAUAAUGAUUUGUGCAGAAUCAAAUUUAUGCUUAAUUUGACUGAUCACUUGGUGCUUCUAUGCAAGUGGACUGGUUCUUUAUUAGCAUAAUCAGGGAGACCUAAUAGAGAAAAUGUUUUACACACUAAACAUAUGCACAUAAUAGAAGAUGUUCACUUUGCCUUAACAAGCGACCAACUAGAGAACCCUUGUAUGUACAUUUUAUAAUUUAGUAAAAAUGUAAAAAUUCAUUUUUGACUCAUGUAUUGCCUUAUGUCAUAUCUCUUUGUUAUAUGUGUUGAUUCUGUCUGUACUUUGUUUUUGUUCCAUGCUAUGCAAAAUGAAAAUCAAGAUGAUCAAAUAAUUACUGGCUUAUGAUGUUUAAUCAAAUAUGUAACAAUUGGUAUAUGAGACAGGCUUACAGUGAUUCAGAUACACAAUGGCAUUUAUGUAGAAUGUUAGUUGUUAUAUAUUAACAUCCAUAGUCAAUUAUCAGUUUUCUGAUAGUCUUACAAGUCAUUCCUCAAGAAAACAACAAAACACUCCUAUAUUGUUCAUAACAAGUAAAUACUAAAAGAUUCAGCAUGUUGGAUGUCUGUUUUUCUGUUCUUUUUACAUUUGCUAAAAUACCAACAA